AUGGCGAAAGCUUCCCAUACAUUGCAAAAAGGUGCUGUCGUCCAGCACACCGCCAAAGCUCAUAACCUGAAAGGUCAACUGCAUGAAGGGAGCAUGGAAUCUUUUUCAACAACCAUUCGUUUCGUCACGCUGAACUGCCGAACACUAUCGAGUGAACUCCAACAAGCCGCUCUAUCCAGACUUCUGCGAUAUCUCUGUGUGCCUUUUGUUGCACUGCAGGAAACACGCAUGAGAGAUCGGCCCGUCAUCAGCAUCGAAAAUUACACCAUAUACUGCGGCGAUGCUGAUGAGAGCAAAGUAGGUGGCUGCGCGAUAGCUGUGAGGAACGACUACAAGAAUCUGGUGGAGGAAUUUGGCUCAACGUCGUCUAGAUGCGCCUUUUUACGACUGCGGGAUCGCGGAGGACGUAAACUCUGGAUCGUAAGUGCUCACGCACCUACGGAAACCGCUGAGGACAACAGUAAGGACGCCUUCUAUGAUGAACUCAAUGCGUUGAUAUCUAAAAUACCAAGCCAGCAAGUGGUCAUUGUCGGAAUCGACGCAAAUGCGAAGAUGGGACUCGAACAGCAAUCCGAUGUGCUAGGAAAAUGGUAUUAUCCAGCGGAGCGCACGUCGGACAACGGUGACCGUCUGGUCGACUUGUGCGAACAGACGGGCCUCGUCAUCGCUUCCACGUUCAGGAGGAAUCAUCGACGCCAUCAGCUCACGUGGCAGGGGUCAACCCUUUUAACGCCUGAAGAGCAGCGCAAUCGGAGGAUGAGGACUCUUAAACUUCAGCUCGACUUCGUUCUGGCGAGGAACAUUCCUCAGUCAGAUAUUCGAAAAUCUAGAGCUGUUUGGGACGUCGCGUUCGACUCUGACCACCGCCCAGUUCUUCUCUGCUUCAAGAUACGGUUCCACAAGAGAAACCGGGGAGUUCCUCUGCAACCGAAAAUCGACAUGGCAGGUCUGAAAGACGAUGAAUGCAGAAGAAAAUUCCGCCAACGUGAGUCUAUUCAUGUUGGGGUACGGACUAGGAAGAAGCUUAGCGAUGCGGAUUCCUUCACAAAGUGCAUCCAGGACGCUGCAAGGGAAACGCUCCCGGUUCUAUUGCCGCGGAAGAAGUUUGCCUUUGCAUCUGCGGAAACAAAAUCCACAUACAAUUCUGUGUGUGUAGCGCGCAGCGCUGGUGACUUCAACCAGGAAAAGCGUCUUAGAAAGAAGCUGCGUCGUCAACUGCAACAAGACCGCGAUAACGAGUGGACGUCAAGAGCGAUGGAGUUUGAGAAGGCGUGGGAGGACAGGAACCCGCGGAAAGCCUAUGCUCUACUAAAACAGUAUAGCGGCAAAAUGAAAAGAUGUUCCCCUGUCCUGAACACUGCCAAUGGGGUAGCUGUCGGUGAAGCAACCCUUCCAAUUUGGAAGGAACACUUCAAGACCUUGCUGAACCGGCUAGCACCGUCAGCCCCUGAACUCGAACACGUUCAUAGACCGACAUACGCGGUUAACGAGGAGCCACCGACGGUGUCGGAGGUCCUGGUCUGUAUUCAAAAAAUGAAGAAUGGAAAAUCUGGCGGAGACGACGGAAUUAGCGCAGAAAUGCUAAAAUAUCUUCCUCCGUUUGGGAUUCGUGAGAUGACAAAGAUCAUCCGUUCAAUAUGGAUAGACGAAAGGAUACCUGAUUCGUGGAGACACGCUAUCAUAAUUCCCCUCCACAAGAAGUUAUCCGUCACGGAGCCAAGGAAUUAUCGAGGAAUCUCUUUGCUGCGUGUUAUGUACAAGGUACUGGAGCGCAUUAUCCUGGACCGACUCAUUAAACAUCGCGAAGAAACAUUGCGCGACGAGCAAGCUGGCUUUCGUCCCGGCCGAUCUACAAUUGACCAGGUGUUCAUCGUCAGGAGAGUGAUCGAAAUCUGGCAGCACUAUUCGAAGCCAAUGCAAUUAGCGUUUCUGAACUUUGAAGCCGCGUUCGACUCUCCUCACCGAGGCCGUCUUCUCAACACACUUCGCGAGGAUGGAGUACCAGGAAAGUUCGUUCGUUUGCUUGAUGACAUGAAUCAAUGA